GUAGAAUGCACGGGUUCACCUUCCAAUUGAAAGUCAAACCAGUACGGAGCGCGUCAGGAGAAUCUGACCAUCGUGAUGAGUUCUGACGAUCGCGUACAAGUGGCUGCUUCCUUCAUCCUCCAGUCGCCUCCAGGAGAAAUUAAUGACGUCUUGAACGAUGUUCGCGUCAUUGUAGAUGAUGACGCGGGAUUAGAGGAAGGCAUCCUUCCCGCCCUUCGAGAAUAUAAUCUCGCGCAGUUCACAACGGUCGAGGUGCCAGGUGAACAUCAUCAGACAAUAGUCAGCGAAUUUGCGCGUGUACCCGACACCGAAGAAGAACGCUAUCUGGACCCACGAUCUAAAACAUCUUUUGUUUUCAACCACUUGACUCUAGAAGCCACAGAUCCUCAGUCAGAGGAGCCUUCGGAGGCUGAGCCUCAACGCGCUGCAUUGCAAUCCGCUGCUUUAUCAUACUUGGGUUCACACUACCACGAUGGAGUUGCUACUGUUCUCGCCAUGUCAACCACUCAAUUCGCAGUUCAGAUCGUCUCCAAUAAAUACAACCCAUCAAACUUCUGGGCUGGACGAUGGCGCUCGCACUACGAAAUAGACUUUGAGAGUAAAAUCAUACAGGGAAGAGUCCUUGUAAACGUCCACUACUAUGAACAAGGCAAUGUUCAACUCAGCACGUCGCAUGACUUGUCGAUAUCAAUACCUGCCGCUGUGUCAUCACUACCUCCUACUUCAUCGGCAUCCAAGAUAUUUGCAUUGAUCGAGGCUGAAGAGUCGCGAUGCCAGACAUCCCUAAAUGAUGCAUAUCAUGAGAUGGGAGAGAAGGCAUUCAAAGGCUUGAGGCGUGCCCUGCCCUUAACGCGACAGAAGAUUGACUGGGAUAAGACCAUGGGAUACAAAUUGGGUGCUGAACUGACUGCUAGCAAUCGUGCCUUUGGCACUCAACCUCGAUAAGUUAUUGGUCGUCAGCUUACAUCGCUCUGAAGGAAUACGUCUUAUCUGUAGUUGUAUUCUGUGGAAAUGCUUACUUAUCUAGAUUCUAACGUGCAAACGAACCCGAAAGACUUGAGAUUACAUUUGGGGUCCUGACAUAGCGUCCUCUCUGACGAUGGACUACUCCCUUUUGUACCGUUUUGACGAGCCACUCCCAUACCUUGCUUUGCUUUACGUAUAAAAGCAUGUCUGUACUUUUCGUACCAGUAGGAAAUUCACUCACUCAUCUCUCGUGAUCUAUUCAUUCCCCCGUCAAACUCGUAUUCUUGCUGUGUACUCCGAGUCGAUACCAGCUUUACAG